AUGAAUGACGAUACUGAAAAGGGAAUUAUCACUUGUAUAUAUUUAGAAAACUUUAUAACCUAUGAUAAAGUCAUAGUAAAACCUACGAGAUACCUCAAUGUCAUUAUUGGACCCAAUGGUUCUGGCAAGUCCACUAUCGUUGCUGCUAUAGUCCUUGGUCUAGGUGGUAAGCCCAGUAUCAUUGGGCGGGCAAUUCAUAUUGGUGAAUAUGUAAAAUAUGGGUGUGAAGAGGCAAAAAUAGAAAUUCAUCUAAAGAAUCAUACAAAGCAAGAUGUGGUUACCAGGAUAUUUAGUAAGCAUGGAAAAUCUAUAUGGACGAUUAAUAAUAAACCAGUACAUAUAAAAGAUGUGCAAGAAUUUACUACCAGCCAUAAUAUUCAGGUUGAUAAUCUUUGUCAGUUUUUGCCGCAAGAUAAAGUACAAGAUUUUUCAAAAAUGAAUGCCCAAGCAUUGCUAGAAAAUACAGAAAGAUCUGUUGGAGAUCCUAAGCUUCUUGAGUAUCAUCAAUCGUUAAAAGAACAUAGAGCCAGGUUUAAACAAUUUGAAGUUGAUAUAGCAAAUAAAAAGCGUUUACUGGAUUCUAAUACUCAAAAACAUGACGGACUGCAACAAACUGUCAGUACAAUAAAGGAAAGGAAGUUGAUAAAAAAGAAAAUUUUGACACUGAAACAAAAGAAGGCAUGGAUACUCUAUGACCAAAUGCGUAGAAAGUUAGUGGAGUCUAAGAAAGUGAGAGAUGCAGCAGCAAAGAAAAUGCAAUCGAUAGAUGCUACACUAAAACCAAUGAAAACUAAUAUUGAAAAAAUUAGAUCCAAUAUGAAGACACUGAGAGAUUCACUAAACAAUCAUAAUAACAAAGUCUAUGCUAAAAAUACAAAAGUGAAAAAUAUGAUGAAUAAUAUUCUCACCUGCGAGAACAGGAUUAAAGAAAGUGAGAAUACAUGUUCACGCAGAAUUCAGGUAGAACAGAAUCGGGAUCAAGAUAUUAAUCUCGCACAACAGCAAAAAUGCAAACUCGAGAACGAUUUAUUUUUAAUGAUUGACGAUAUUGGGUCAGAGGAAAGUUUAAUGAAACAGAUACAGAACAUAGCGAACAACAUGGAAAAACACAGAAGUACAAUUAAUAAACUCGCUAACAAAAAUAUUACAAUAAAGCACGAAGAAGAAAAUAUCAGUCGUGAAUUAAGAGCUCUACAGGCAGAACAUAAAUCUCUUAAUUUCGAAACAAAGCGUCUAGAGCUCUUGAGACAACGCAGUUCAGACGCGUACAAGGGUGUGCUUUGGCUGAGGGAGAAUCGUAACAAAUUUUCGAUGACAGUGCACGAACCCAUGUUGCUCAAUAUUAACGUAAAGGAGGCUUCGUACGCAAAAUAUUUAGAGAGUAUAAUAUCAGUACGGGAUUUAAUAGCAUUUACGUGCGAAAACAAACAAGAUAUGAAUCUCUUACUGAAGUACCUGAGAGACCAACAGAAAUUGCAGGUCAAUGUAGUUCAUUCCGAUCCUAUGAAGAGAGUUUUCAUGCAACCAGAGAUACCGAUAGAGAAUAUUACAAAAUUCGGCUUUAAACAUUACUUAGUGUCGCUCAUCGAAGCGCCGUCCACCAUAAUGAAAUAUUUAGUUCCGAUGUAUCAUCUGCACAAUAUCCCUGUCGGGACUAACGAAGUCGAAGAUAAAACAGAUCAUGUGCCUCGUAGCUUAAGGUGUUACUUCAGUGAGAAUAAUAUCUAUACUGUGAGCAUGUCCAAAUAUACACGUGCAACAUCAACCAGAAUAUCACGGGUGUCUGGAAAUGCGAUGCUAUCAAUCGUUUUAGAUAAAUCUAGACUACAGAGAAUUCAGGAACGAUUACAAAGUUUGCAGGAGAAAAGGAAUUGUGUUUUACUUCAUAUUAAAGAGACAGAAGAUAAGAUAUGCGAGGAAACUAAAGAGUUAGAUAAGUAUCGGGCCGACAGAAAUAAAUAUCAGCAAAAUAUUCAACAAAUACAAGCACUGAAGGGUAGACUACGUAUAGUUGCGGGUAAAAUUAAGCAGAUGGAGACAGAUCGGACGAGCAUCGAUGAUAUAAAAGCAGCAUGCAUUAAAGAGAUCAAGGUUAUAAUAAACGAACAACUGAAAAUGUAUGAAAAUUAUAACGUAAUUCUGAAGGAGUGUUUCGAUUGCAUCAUAAGAAACGAGGAGAUUAAGUUUGCACUAACGUUAUUACAACAAAGUUUAGUAUCUAAGGAGAAUGAAAUUGAGGAGUUGAAAGAUAAGUUUACAGAGGCGGAAAGAAUAUUUAAACAAUUCGAUGAAGACUUUCAGCCAUUGAAAAAAGAGGCUCAUAGGCUGUAUAAGGAAGCCUUAAAAACUACAGAAAACAUUAAUCCGCAAGAUGACGCAUUUAAACCUUACAAUAAAGCUUUUGAGAAGUUACCAACUACUAUUGCGGAAAUAAAUAAUGAGUUAAAUAUUGCUCAAGCAAAAGUUUUUUGCCUGGCAAAGAAUAUAGAUGCCGAGAAUGUAAUGCGCGAGUACGAGCAAGUGCGAAGUAAUAUUCAGAACUUGACUGAAGUGAUUAAAACGAGGACUGCCGAAGUAGAGAAUAUUACAAAAGAGAUUGAGAAACUAAAAGAAAAAUGGUUACAACCAUUGGAGCAACUCGUCGAAAAGAUAAACGCAAAUUUCAGUUCUUACUUUUCAGCCAUGGAUUGCGCCGGUGAAGUUACACUCGCGCAUGGUGAAAAUGCUCUCGAUUUCGAUGAGUAUGGUCUAAAGAUCAGAGUGAAAUUCCGAGACGCGGAUGAAUUACAGGAAUUGACGAGACACUUCCAGAGCGGCGGUGAAAGAACUGUAACCACUGCCAUUUACAUGAUCGCGUUGCAGGAAUUAUCGCGCGUACCCUUCCGCUGCGUAGACGAAAUUAAUCAGGGCAUGGACGCGAUGAAUGAAAAACGAAUUUUUAAUUUACUCGUAAAAAUGACAGGAAGACCAGGCAGUUCCCAAUAUUUUCUGCUCACACCGAAACUCCUCUCCGAGUUAACGUAUACCGAGACAGUGACGGUGCAUUGCGUGUAUAACGGGCCACUUGAUGCCAGUGACGAGGACUUUGAUUUUGAUACAGAGGCAUACUGUAACCGUAUUAGUAAUAAAUAAGUCGAAGUGAAACGCUCGAAGAUUACUUCGAAAGGAAAAGUUAAACAGAAGUUUAUUAAUAUAUAGCUUGCGGUAUACGUACAGUGAAUGUGUUCAAACCUAUUUUAUAUAUUUUCAUUUAUAAAACUUCGGAAAUAUUUUUAUACAGUUCCGAAACAUAGAAAUGUGUAAGCUAGUUCUAAUAUGAUAAACUAUAUUUUUUGUUACCGUUUUGGAUUAAGCUAAUGCUAAAGUGUUGAUAUCAGAAUUAAGAAGAAAUGCUAAUGCUAUUAUUUUCACGUAGAUUAGUUAAUAUAUGCUUUAUGGUAAAUUGAUAUUUAUACCAUGUUAACAUUAUUUUUUGCUCAAAAACACAAACAUUUUCAGA